UAACUACUCCUACAUAUCUAUCCCAUCCGGGUUCUUUCUUUCUCUCUCUUUUUUUGGGUACCCCCUACCCUAUCAAGUAUACACAUCAUCCAAUAAUCCAACGGAUCUAAUUAAAAACCACCGUUUCAUCCAACGGCUAUCGUACCAUACGCGUUGCUCCAGGGCUUCUCCCACGGAUCCGCCGUCCUCACUUAAAAUCUUCUCUUUAGCCUCCACCCUCCUGUUGUUUUUUUCUCUCAGAGCCCAGAUUCAUCCUGUACGUAUUCGAAGCUUAUCUCUCCGUCAAUCUGAAAUAAAUUAAAAAGCAUCUAUUUUCAUACACACUAUUCUUUUUUUUUUUCGGGGUAGUAAUACAGUAUUAGGGUUUGAAUAGAGGAGGAAGAAAGUGUGUUUUUUAGUGCGUGUGUUUGUGUUCCUUUUCUUCCACUGUAGAAGAAGAUGCAAGCCAACAGCGGUUCGGAAUCACAAAAUACUAAUAAUAGUAACAUCAACAAUAAUAAUAACAGCAAUAGCCAGCCGCCGCAGCAGGGGGUGGCUGCUACUCCUGCGGCGGUGACACCAGCGGUGGCGGCUGCACCCCAGCAGCAGUGGGUGGCGAUGCAGUAUCCAGCGGCCGCGAUGGUAAUGCCGCAUCAUAUGAUGCCAGCCCCACAUUACCCGCCUCACUACAUGCCGUACCAUCACCACCACCUCCACCAUCCUCCUCCUCCGCAGCCUCAAGGGCCUCCUCAGCAGCAACAGCAGCAGCAAGGAGGAGGAGGUGGAGGAUCUAAUGGUGAGAAUAGAACGAUCUGGGUCGGUGAUCUCCAUAAUUGGAUGGACGAGGACUACCUUCGCAGCUGCUUUGCUUCCACUGGCGAGGUUGCCUCUAUAAAGGUCAUUCGCAAUAAGCAAACCGGUUUCUCUGAGGGAUAUGGAUUUGUGGAGUUCUUUUCGCAUGCUGCAGCUGAGAAAGUCCUGCAAGCAUAUCCAUGCAUUAUCAUGCCUAACACAGAACAACCUUUUCGUCUGAAUUGGGCUACAUUUAGCACGGGCGACAAGCGUUCGAAUAAUGGUUCUGAUCUUUCUAUCUUUGUAGGAGAUUUAGCUGCAGAUGUUACUGAUAGCUUAUUGCAUGAUACUUUUGCCAGUAGAUAUCCUUCUGUUAAAGCUGCUAAAGUUGUCAUUGAUGCAAAUACUGGACGUUCAAAGGGUUAUGGUUUUGUAAGGUUUGGAGAUGAUAAUGAGAGAUCACAGGCUAUGACUGAAAUGAAUGGCAUCUAUUGUUCAAGCAGGCCCAUGCGUAUUGGUGCUGCAACCCCCAGGAAAUCAUCUGGAUACCAACAGCAGUAUUCUUCACAAGGUGGAUACAUUAAUAGUUCAUCAGGCCAGGGCUCUCAAUCUGAUGGAGAUUCUCCUAAUACAACAAUAUUCGUUGGAGGGCUUGAUCCAAAUGUCAGUGAUGAGGAUCUGAGGCAACCGUUCUUGCAGUAUGGGGAAAUAGUUUCGGUGAAGAUUCCAGUUGGAAAAGGAUGUGGAUUUGUACAAUUUGCUAAUCGAAAUGAUGCCGAGGAGGCACUGCAGAAGUUGAAUGGUACCACGAUUGGAAAGCAAACUGUGAGGCUCUCUUGGGGGCGUAAUCCAGCAAAUAAGCAGUUAAGAGCUGAAUUUGGAAACCAGUGGACGGGGGCAUACUAUGGAGGUCACUUUUACGAUGGCUAUGGGUAUGCGAUGCCACCACCUCAUGACCCAGGGAUGUAUGCAGCAGCAGCAGCUGCUUAUGGAGCCUAUCCCAUGUACGGAACCCACCAGCAACAAGUAAGCUAGACGGCCGAGCUCACAGCGAUUCAGCAGAUGAGGCACAUGGGUGCUUUUGUCUCUCUGUUGAGCGUGUGGGAAUUUGGAACCCUGUUAUUCCCUCCGAAAUCUGAGAGGGGAACUGAAUUUUGACUAGAAAUCAGGUAGUUGUUCUCUAGGGGCUUGAUUAAACAUUUGUUUAGAAGUGUGAGCAUAAUAUUGGAACUUCUUAAUUUGAAUAAAUAACAUUGAUAUGGAUUGUGAGCACUUAAUUCUUUA